CAGGUACGGUUCACCAGGCCUAGACUUGUCAUAUUUCCUGUACAAGAACGCGGACAAAGACGUGCAGGACAACCGGUGGGAAGACCUGUUGGCCGUGUACUUGGAAUCAGUGGCGGCCGUGCUGCCGGCAGACGUCAAGGCACCCACCGCAGAGCAGCUGCAUCACGAGCUCAGGUUCCACGCGCUAUACGGUUACGCGCACCUGUUGUUCGCCGUGCCGAACAUGAUCAACGACAACCCCCGUGGGCUGUUGGACAUCGACAACGACGACGACAAGACGACCGUCGAAGACCUGCUGGUCGCCCGGAUUGACGCGGCCGACGAGAAGAUCACCGAAAUCCUUUCCGGCACCGUCCGGCACAUCAUCGACCACGGUUACGCGGAGCAAUACGAGUUCCCGAGCAAUAAUUCUCGUCUGUAGGACCAAGCAAGUACCCAGCCGAGUGUGUAGUUUCGUCACUUCACCUAUCCGCGUCUGUUUUGACGUUUUGUAUAUUAUAUUAUUAUUGUUAUUAUUAUUAUUAUUAUUAUUAAGGCUAUAUGGAAUUGUAGCAAAACGUAUUUUUUUUUUAGCUCAUCGAGACGUAGCUUUCUUAACGGAAAUUUUGAUGAGUAAUAUAACAACGAAUUUAGUUUUGAAACAUUUAUUUUGAAGAUUUUUUUUCAAAUUGUUUUCUUUUUUAUUGUAUUUCAUGAUGAUUUUUUCAUAAAUUUCUGUCAAUGAACUUGUAUUACACACAUUUUAUGAAUUAUUAUCUAAUUUACACCUCGGGCCACAUUUAUAUUAAUUAUAUGAGGGCUGAAUUAUAAUGUGAAUUUGUUUUUAGCGUUUGGAAAACAAAGAUUUCUUAACUGAAAGUUUGUAACUACAAA